AUGCUUAAGAAUGGUCUGGAUAUUGCACUGCUGACUACGAUGACGCUAAAAAGGUUUAAGUCAAAUUUGUUUGUCAAAGGCUCAAGCUUGCUUGGCAGUAAAUCAAUUCUCUCCAAAAAACCUGUUAAAGACAUUCAUCCGAAGUCUCCAGUGAGAACUAGAUUUGCUCCCUCGCCCACUGGGAAACUACAUCUGGGCUCUUUGAGAACAGCAUUGUACAAUUUUUUGCUUGCCAAAAGCACAGGAGGGGAAUUUUUGCUGAGAUUGGAAGAUACAGAUCAAAAACGACUGGUUCCUGGAGCAGAACAAAAUAUUUACGACUCGCUCAAAUGGUGUGGGAUUACCAUCGAUGAGGGUCCUGGUAUUAAUGAAGCCAAGUAUGGACCAUACAGACAAACUGACCGUACAUCUAUAUAUCAGAAUCACGUUGAGAAACUGCUAUCCUCAGGACAUGCAUACCGAUGUUUUUGCUCUAAGGAGAGGCUUGAUGGCUUGAGGGAUAGUGCACAGAAACUCCGGCCUCCAACUACUGUAUCAUACGACAGACAUUGCGCCCAUGCCACAGAGUCCGAAAUCCAAGCAAAGCUUAAACAAAACCUUCCAUUCACUGUGAGGAUGAAAUCUCCAGACCAAUACCCUACGUUUACAGAUUUGCUACAUGGUAACUUGAAUAUGCAACCGCAGGUGAACGCCUGUGACAGGCGCUAUGACGAUCCAAUUUUGAUUAAGUCGGACAAGUUACCCACUUACCAUUUUGCCAAUGUCGUAGAUGACCAUUCAAUGAAAAUCACGCACGUUGUUCGAGGUGAAGAAUGGCUUCCUUCGACACCCAAACACAUUGCUCUUUAUGAAUCUUUUGGUUGGACUCCGCCCAAGUUUAUUCACAUUCCUCUUCUGACAUCUCUCCAGGAUAAAAAAUUAAGCAAACGCAAGGGCGACGCGGAUGUAAUGUCGCUCAAGGAUAAGGGUAUACUUCCCGAGGCUCUUGUAAAUUUUUGUGUUUUAUUUGGCUGGUCUCCACCUCGUGAAGAAGCUGCCAAGAAUCACGAGUGCUUCAAAAUACCCGACCUAGUUAAGCUCUUCAAUCUGAAUGGCUUGACUAAGGGAAAUGCCAAAGUGGAUGAGAAUAAACUCUGGUUUUUUAAUCAGCACUAUCUAGCGGAAAGACUGAGUGAUCCCCAGCAGCUAACGCAGAUAGCCUCCAAAUUGUUGCCGCACAUCCAGAAAACUACCCCAGGCACGAACCUUGGACAACUUGAAGGCGCCUUGGUGCUGGCCGGUAAAUCUCUCACUACAGUACACGACAUUGAAGCUAAGUUUUACUAUCUUCUAUCAAGGCCACGCUACGACAAUAAUCCCUACGUCAGGAAAUUCAUUGAAAAACAGAACUUGAUGCUGGUCCGCCAGGUCUUGGAAGAGCUGAAUGGUAGAAUAAGUGCCGAGGUCGAUGUUAUGCAUCUUCUAGAUAAAGUAGCUCAGGGUUGCGGCGUUCGCAAAAACGUUGUUUUUGAAGCUGCUCGGUUUGCAUUAGCAGGCUCGAUACCGGGAAUAAAAAUACCAAUUCUUAUCCAAUUUUUGGGCGCACAAGAAAGUAACGCCAGAAUUUCAGAAGCAUUGGGGCAGCUUAGACUUUAA